GUAUAAACCCUAAAUCGAUUCAGACAGAUCAAGAUCACGACAAGCAUACAGGCCGGAGUUUUGAGAUAUGGGGGCGGAAAUUGAAGAAGACGGACUGAAGAGACUAGAGUAUCUUUCUCUAGUUUCCAAGGUUUGCUCGGAGCUCGAGACUCAUAUCGGCGUCGCGGACAAAGUUCUGGGGGAGUUUAUCACGGAGAUGGGCCGGAACUGCGAGACCGUCGACGAAUUCGAUGCCAAAUUGAAGGAGAGCGGCGCCGAGAUGCCGGAUUACUUCGUCCGGACACUUCUCACGAUAAUCCACGCGAUUCUUCCUCCCUUGCCUAAGUCUGGAUCCGAUCAGGAUGAUGCCAAGGAGGCCGAGAAAAGUGGCAAGUUUUCUGCUUUGAAGAUUAAGGAUGAUAAAGCUAGAGUGAAGGAGCUGGAGAGGGAGAUUGAGCUCGAAACUAGGAAGAAUCGUGGGAAUGAUGGAGACGAAUACAGACGGGAUAGAGACGGCCGUCGAGAUAGGAGACGAGAGAGGGAUGCAGACGAAAGAAGAGAUGUGGACAGAGAUGGUAGAAGGGAUAGGGAUAGGGAAGAUAGAAGAGAUAGGGAGAGGGAAGAUAGAAGAGAUAGGGAAAGGGAAGACAGAAGAGAUAGGGACAGAGGAGAUAGAAGAGAGAAGGGCAGAGAUGCUGAGUAUAAAAGUCAUGACAGAGACAGGGAUAGGUACGAGGGGAGGAAGAGAAGAGAAUACGAUGAAGAGGAUAGGGAUGGAGAUAGAAGGAAUGCUGCGCAUGGAUCGGAUGAACCUGAAUUGUAUAAAGUGUAUAAGGGGAGAGUGUCCAGGGUAAUGGAAACAGGCUGUUUUGUUCAGCUGGAUGAGUGUAGAGGAAAGGAAGGGUUGGUUCAUGUCUCACAGAUGGCUACUCGGAGGGUUGCGAAUGCCAAAGACUUGGUGAAGAGGGAUCAGGAGGUAUACGUGAAGGUUUAUUCGGUGAGUGGGCAGAAAUUAAGUCUGUCCAUGAGAGAUGUUGAUCAGAAAACUGGAAAGGAUUUGCUACCGCUGAAGAAGAAUAGUUUGGAUGACAAUGAUGGUUUGAGAGAAAACCCGUCUGGGAGGAAUAUGGAGGAGGGGACGGCUAGGAGUAGAAUCGGUCUCUCGGGGAUUCGGAUCCUGGAGGAGGAUGAUAUAGCAGUGCCUUCGAGAAGGCCAUUGAAGAAAAUGAGUUCUCCUGAAAGGUGGGAGGCAAAACAACUCAUGGCUUCAGGCGUCUUACCCCUCAAGGAGCACCCAAUGUUUGAUGAAGAAGGGGAUGGAUUUUUGUAUGAGGACGAAGGUGCUGAAGAGGAGCUUGAGAUCGAGUUAAAUGAAGACGAACCACCUUUCUUACAAGGUCAGAGUCGCUACUCAGUUGACAUGUCUCCUGUUAAGAUCUUCAAAAACCCAGAGGGCUCCUUGAGUCGGGCAGCUGCACUUCAAUCAGCUUUGAUAAAGGAGAGAAGGGAAGUAAGGGAGCAACAGCAGAGAGCAAUGCUUGAUUCCAUCCCCAAAGAUCUAAACAGACCGUGGGAGGAUCCAAUGCCCGAGACUGGUGAGAGGCAUCUUGCCCAAGAACUUAGGGGUGUCGGUUUGUCAGCCUAUGACAUGCCAGAGUGGAAGAAAGAUGCUUACGGUAAAACACUCACGUUUGGGCAGAGGUCAAAGCUUCCCAUUCAGGACCAAAGGCAGAGUCUACCCAUUUACAAGCUAAAGAAUGAACUGGUCCAAGCUGUACAUGAUAACCAGGUCUUGGUUGUCAUUGGAGAGACCGGUUCAGGAAAAACGACGCAGGUUACACAGUAUCUAGCAGAGGCAGGUUAUACUACAAAAGGAAAAAUUGGAUGUACCCAACCACGUAGAGUGGCUGCAAUGUCAGUGGCAAAGAGAGUUGCUGAGGAGUUUGGUUGUCGGUUAGGGGAAGAAGUUGGGUAUGCCAUUCGAUUUGAGGACUGUACAGGGCCAGACACCGUCAUCAAGUAUAUGACAGAUGGUAUGUUGUUGAGGGAGAUAUUGGUUGAUGAGAAUCUUUCUCAGUAUUCUGUUGUGAUGCUUGAUGAAGCUCACGAGAGAACCAUCCAUACUGAUGUUCUCUUUGGUCUAUUGAAGCAAUUAAUUAAAAAAAGAACCGACCUCCGGUUGAUUGUCACAUCUGCCACUUUAGACGCGGAGAAGUUUUCCGGUUACUUUUUCAACUGUAACAUCUUUACUAUCCCAGGGAGAACCUUCCCGGUGGAGAUACUCUACACGAAGCAACCAGAGAGCGACUAUCUUGAUGCAUCUUUAAUAACAGUCUUACAGAUUCACUUGACAGAACCCGAAGGUGAUAUUCUCCUUUUCUUGACUGGUCAGGAGGAGAUUGACUAUGCUUGCCAGUGUCUUUAUGAAAGGAUGAAAGGUCUGGGCAAGAAUGUUCCAGAAUUGAUCAUCUUACCCGUUUACAGUGCCCUUCCAAGUGAAAUGCAGUCUAGAAUCUUUGAUCCUGCCCCUCCCGGGAAGAGAAAAGUUGUCGUUGCCACAAACAUUGCCGAAGCUUCUUUGACUAUAGAUGGUAUUUUUUAUGUCAUAGAUCCGGGUUUUGCUAAGCAAAAUGUAUAUAAUCCCAAACAGGGUCUUGAUUCGCUGGUCAUAACACCUAUAUCACAAGCCUCUGCCAAGCAACGAGCUGGUCGUGCUGGCCGAACGGGACCUGGAAAGUGCUAUCGUCUUUACACUGAGAGUGCAUUUCACAAUGAGAUGUCCCCCACGUCGAUCCCUGAAAUUCAGCGUAUUAACCUUGGGAUGACUGUGCUUAAUAUGAAAGCAAUGGGUAUCAAUGAUCUUUUGUCAUUUGAUUUCAUGGAUCCUCCCACUCCUCAAGCCCUAAUAUCCGCCAUGGAACAGCUGUACACUCUUGGUGCUCUUGAUGAAGAAGGGCUUUUGACAAAGCUGGGCAGGAAAAUGGCUGAAUUCCCUCUGGAACCUCCACUGUCCAAAAUGCUUCUUGCCAGUGUUGACCUUGGGUGCAGUGAUGAGAUUCUAACCAUCAUUGCGAUGAUUCAAACGGGCAAUAUUUUUUACCGGCCUCGGGAGAAACAAGCUCAGGCUGAUCAGAAAAGGGCUAAAUUUUUUCAGCCCGAGGGCGACCAUCUCACCUUGCUUGCUGUUUAUGAAGCAUGGAAAGCUAAAAGUUUCUCUGGACCCUGGUGCUUUGAAAACUUUGUACAGUCGCGGUCGUUGAGGCGUGCACAGGAUGUCAGAAAACAGCUCCUCUCAAUCAUGGACAAGUACAAAUUGGAUGUUGUGAGUGCUGGGAAAAAUUUCACAAAGAUAAGGAAGGCCAUAGCUGCAGGCUUCUUCUUCCAUGCCUCCCGGAAGGAUCCUCAAGAGGGUUAUAGAACCCUAGUAGAGAACCAACCCGUCUAUAUACACCCAAGCAGUGCCCUAUUCCAAAGGCAACCAGAUUGGGUCAUCUAUCAUGAGCUCGUCAUGACAACCAAAGAAUAUAUGCGCGAGGUCACCGUGAUCGACCCAAAGUGGCUUGUAGAGCUCGCACCAAGAUACUUCAAAGUGUCCGACCCGACCAAGAUGAGCAAGCGAAAGAGACAGGAACGCAUUGAGCCCCUCUAUGACAGGUAUCAUGAGCCUAAUUCUUGGCGGUUGAGUAAAAGACGCGCUUAGCCCUACACUUGAGAAUAUGACCCUUGAAUGGCUUCCAUAUUUUUUGUUGAUUACACAUUUGAGAGAUCUAGUAAAUUAUCUUUGUCAACAAAGAUGGUCCAAAGAGUGUGCCAACUUAUUACCCUCUUCUGUAGAAACUCUUGGGAUUUUAACUAAUUGAAAUGGUGGUUAAGAAUGCCACGUGAUAAGAGGCUGAGCACGAAAUCCCUGUGUAAUACUAUGUUGAUGUCCUGUGCUUAUUUUGAUUU